AUGAGUGAAUCAACUCAGGCGGAGCAGCCAGGCCCUGCUGCCGCUGCCAGUGCCGCCGCUCCUGCAGUGCCGGCAUCGCAGGACGAGGUCAACCACGCCAACCUCAUCCUCAUCGCGCUCACUGCCGGCUUGGGUCUCACCUUUCUCACCGUCGGUCUAUGGAACGCGCUUCUCGUCGUGGCCGUCUCCAUCCUCUUGGUCUGCAACCCGUGGGUGCGCACCUUGCUCGAGCUGCCCAGCACCGACGGCAAACGCGGCCUCAGCACCUUUGAUCCCGCCCGUUACCUCCUUUCCUACACCGGCCCGUCUGCAGAACACAGCGGUAACGAUGACGAGCUUUCCACCAAGGACCCGGACAAGGACCCCAUCAUGCAGACUGACCAACUCUACACGCUCACCGUCAUGCCAGACGCGCUUCGAGACAGCAGCCAGACUAUGAUCCGUUUCGUCGUCCGCGACUUUGUUCAGGGCUGGUACGACAACCUUACCUUUGCCCAUCCCAACUUCCCCAUCUCUGCCGAGGCCAACAUUUCCCACUCCGCUGCCAGCAUCUACCUGCGCUCGCGUCAGCUCAAAAGCACCAACACCGCCGCCGAACUCUUGCUCACCGUGCAGAGCGUCUUGCUUUCCUCGUUGCGCCGUCGACGCGCUUCCACGCAGAAUGCUGCCGGUGCUGCCUCUUCUGCGCGCUCCACCUGGCCCAGCACCACUGCUCGCGUCGACGCCCUACGCAAGGCGGUUCGAAAGCUUCUGUCGCGCAACCUCGCCCAUGCAGAGCGUUCGAGUCCCGUGCUCAUGCUUCUUCUUACGGAGAUCCUCGCCAAGCAGGCCUGGCAAGUGGUUCAAACCAUCGGCGACCCGGACUUUAUCAACCAAAAGAUUGUCGAUUGGGCUGAGCCCGCUUCAGAGACCAUCCUUGAAGGCCAGGCCAUCUCGCUCGAAGAGCUCGAGCGUCUCAAGAGCCUCGAUACUGCCGCUCUCCACCCACAAGCGGCAGAAGUGCUGCAACCUCGCAUGGCUGGGAAUGUUUCAAUGACUGCGGCCGAUCGCAGCGACAGGCCCGUAUCAAAAGCAACUGCUCCACAACUGCCGCCCCGUUCGACUCAAAGCUCAUCUCCGACAGCGUCUCGUGCACAGGCUCCCCAAGCAUCCGGUGAAAUUGGCGCCGGGCAGACCAUGCAAACUUCCAGCGUCGAUCCUCGCAUCGCAUACGACCAGGCUCCCCGCUCCGCUGGCCCGUCACUACCGCCUCGCCCGCGAAUCACACCGCCAAGGAAAGCGAACAGCACGGGUCCGCUCUCAGCGCUUGGCGGAUUCGCUACGGGUGCGCUCGGGGCCUUGGCGGAUGCAGCAGAGCGUGCGGUAGAUGUAGUUGGCGGCACCGUCGACGAGUUCGGAAACUUGCUCAUGGUUCCCGCUGAGUCGUCGAUGCGCACUCGGCCCAGCAGCAGCCAGAGCAACAGCACCGAUGCGUCUCCUCGUCGCCGAUAUGCGCUUCUGGCCGAGAGGAAUGAGAACGAGCCGAGUCCGAUUCGAGGCAGUUCCAGUCGCGACGGAGGCCAAGGCCAUUUUGCAGACAGUGCAGCGCCUGCGUAUCACCUCGAUGUACCUUCUGGCGUCGACGAGCCGCCACUGCCAGAAUCGCUUCGACAGAGUGUUCGGACCAGCAACCAGCAGCCACCACACCCGUCACUGUCUGCCAGCGCAAGCGCAACCUCAGCCGGCGAUGCCAAUGCACCCGCGUUCAGCAUUCCUGAUACACCUGAACGGAGCUCGAUGGAUGCUCACCACUCGAUCGUAGCACCCGCUCCUGUGGCCGCAGCCCUCAACCUCUCGUCGCGCGACAGCUUCUCCAUCGACGAGCUCGAAGAAGACGAACAAGCCUCGUUGAGUGCCAUGCACGACCUGCUGUCCGAUCGCACCUCCCCUGCGUACGAGGCAUUUGAAAACUUUCUCGAACACCCCGACAACCGUUUCUGCGCGCAAAACGAGGGCGAGUCGCUGCUCCGUCUGCACACACAGCUCAACACGCUAGCGAGCAUUAUGGAAUUUGCCACGCUCGACGAACAGACGUUCCGUGCCGACGCGAGCACGAUCCUCAGCAAGGCGCUCGAGCAGUUGCCGAGCACCUUACCUGCGACGCAUGACGGCCAGCGUCCCGUGCUAGUGCGUAGGAGCGCGCAGCAAGUGUUGACCAACCUGGAGUGGUGCGCGAACAUGGACGUGGUCGAGCCGUUGAGGGAAAACAUUAUUGCCAGGCUGGUGCAGCUGUACAGUGCGUACUUGGUCAGCAGCGGGCAACGGACGCAGCCGCAGCCGCAGCUGCAGCCAGAGAGCACACAGUCGAGUCCGAGCAGAUCGAGGUUCUCGGCGACGUUGCCACGGACCGAGUCGCCGGAGCCCAACCAGCUUCGAGCUUUUCUUGACCGCGAAGAUAGGCCCAGCUUCUCGAGCAUGGACUCGGAGCGGCCUGCCAUCCGGUACGAGACACGCCGAAAGACGACGGCGCCUGUUGCGAGCGUCACUUCAGUGCAGCCUGGUAUGCAGACGCCGCCCCGUGCACCGUCUGUCCCGCCGGGACAAGCAGGGGCACGCGUGAUGGGACCACCUUCAGGUCCGUCGAGACCCAUGUCCGUGCCGCCGCGAGCGCCGUCUGUGCCGCCGAGGCCACAGCAGAUGGUAGUGCCCGCUACAACUCCACCCGCACCUCGAUCCCCUGUAUCCAGCCAACAAGGCGUUGCUUUGUCUCCCGCACAGCCAGUCCAGCCUACGCGCUCGAGCAUCGACAGCUCGCAGCCUCCCGCCGGCAGCAGCACCAUCAGCAUCACCGACAUCAGCGCCAACGCCGAGAGCUCCAAACCGGUCGAUGUGCGCACGCUGGAGGUGAUGAUCUCCGUCGAGGGCGCCGCCGAACCAGCCGAGGCCGCGUCGGUCACCAGCCCGGAUGGAUUCGUGCUCGUUCGCCGCUGGCACGAGUUUGAGCAGAUGGACGCCGAGAUCCAGCGGCAGCCGCGCUCGGGUAGUCGGCUGCCGCGUCUUCCGAUGGUGAAGGGGAGGAGGAGCGCUGAGGUGUGUCGGUCCCUAGAGGUGUAUCUGGCGGAGCUGCUGGUGCCGGCGAACCGUGUGCAGUUAGCGGGGGUGGGUGGGGCGAGGAGGUUUUUUGAUCGGACAAGGGCGGGGGCUUCGGCGGAGGAUCUGAGGCGCAAGGGCGGGGCGGGGGCGAUUUUGGGUGGCAUUGGGAAGGGAAUUGUGAGUGGUGUGGGGAUGGUGGGUAAGCAGGCGCUGUCGACGGCGACGGGGGUGCGCAGCGGUGCGGAUGUCGCACCGGAUGAAACGAUGUCUCCGCUCCGAUCGGGUUCUGUAGGGGAUGCUUCGACGCUGCGCGCUGGCCCGUCGCCAGACAGUGCAGCCACGCGCUUGGUGCGCACCUCUUCGCCCGUGGUCGAUUCUGCGUCCAGCACCACAUCGGCCUUUGUGUCACGCACAAACUCACCGGCCCCCUCGCCCUCGCGUCGACCGGGCGGUGCACCCACACAGCUCGGCACGAACAACGCCGCCGCUGCCGCGAGCCGAGCUGCGUCCGAGCUGAGUGCACGUCACCUGGACAUGCUGCUCUCGUCGAUCUUUGCCGUUGCCGACGAGGCGUUCAACCUGCAAGGCGGGUGGACGCUGCGUCGGGGCAUGCUGCGCGUGCUCGAGCAGGUGGUCCGCACGACGUACGCCAGCUCGAUCAUCGCCGGGUUCAACAAUUCUGCGGCCUCGCUCAACGUGGACAACUUUGCCAAGUGGAUUGCGGACCUGACCAACACCAUGUGGCCGGGCGGACGUCGAUGGGGGUCCGAGAUUGGAACACCGGACGAAAAGAAGCCUAGGACGCGCGACGAGAUGCAGCGCACCGCGGAGAGGGCCCGCGAGAUUGUCGUCUCGUACGCGCCUGCCCAGGCUGGGUAUUUGUUAGGGCCUGGAGGCAAGGUCGCGUGUGUCAAGGCGCUGGCCGAGGUGCAUGCGACGUUGAUGGAUCCGAUCACGGCGUGUGAUUUGGGGCUAACGGUCGUGCUCAAGGCGCUGGACAUGGCGAGUCGAUGA